UAUGAUACACACGGUUGCACGAGAUCAUCACCCUCUUAAACUAAAAAUUAAAUAAUUUCAGAAGACACGUUCCUCUUCUUACCAAACCGACUUUGUAGUUUCUUCUUCUUUUCCAUUGCACAAAACGAAAAAAACGACAAGAUAUUUUUUAAAAAAUAAAUAAAAUAACUAUCGACUCGCUAUUUAUUUCUUGUUUAUUUCGUCUCAGAUUAAUUAAUUUCCGAAUAUGAACGAUCCAAUGGGAGAAACUGGAUUUUCUGGAGAAUCGGCGGAGAUGGUCUUCUCCGAGACGGAGAUGGCGGCGGCAGAACUGCUUAUGCAGCUGAGCGAGGAAGAAACGGUGAGCUGUAGCAGCAGCAACGUCGGAGAAAGUGGAGGAGGUGGCAAGAGAAGACACGAAGAUGUUUGCUCGAGAAUCGGAAACGACGGCGUAAAAGGCAAUUGUAAUCUUGGCCGGAAGAUGAAGAAGAUGAAGGAAAAAAAGUUUCGAUCUCUCGAGAGUAUUUACAUGGCAACGAAGGAGAUUAGGGCUUAAUUAAUGGAAGAAAGGGGAUGGAAUAAUUACAUGUUAAUCGUUUUCAAUAACCUGUGUCAAUGGUUUUUGUGGCGCUUAAUCUAACGUUGGAGCUUGAGGACGUGUGAUAAUAGUUU